CUUAAAUUCUAAAAAAUUUACUUUUUCCAAAUCUUCAAGAAAAAACCAAUUAAAACUUCACAAUUUUUUUGAGCUUUGCGCCGUAAACUAUUUUACUGAAGUGUUUUUUGAGAUUAUGGAAAAUUCAAAUUUUCCUAAAAAUAAUACAAUUGCCGACAGCGUCAUCUUAGUGAAUGAAGAGGAAGUUGAGGUGAAAAAUGAACAGAGUGAACGGAAUUUUGCAGGGAGCCGUUGGCCAAGGCAAGAGACUUUAGCUUUGUUAAAGAUAAGGUCUGAAAUGGACGUUGCUUUUAGAGAGUCUGAUGUCAAGGCUCCUCUCUGGGAACAAGUUUCCAGGAAAUUGGCAGAGCUUGGAUAUAACAGAAAUGCCAAGAAAUGUAAGGAGAAAUUUGAGAACAUCUACAAGUACCAUAGGAGAACCAAAGAAGGUCGAUCUGGAAGAUCGAAUGACAAGAAUUAUCGGUUUUUCGAGCAAUUAGAAGCAUUGGAUCAUCAUCCUUCCUUGGGUGUUAUCCAUGAUGCUAUUCCAAUUUCUACUCGAAACCCAGCUUUGAAUUUCUAUGAAAAUUCUACCUCGACUACUUCUUCGUCAAGUAAGGAGCCGGAAUUGGAUGGGACGAGAAAGAAAAAGAGGAAAUUGAUGAACUUCUUCGAGAGUUUGAUGAGGGAAGUGAUGGAGGAGCAAGAGAAUUUGCAGAAGAAGUUUAUAGAGGCGAUAGAGAAGUCUGAACAAGAUAGGAUGGCAAGAGAGGAAGCAUGGAAGAUGCAAGAAUUGGCUAGGAUUAAGAGGGAGCGUGAGCUAUUGAUGCAAGAAAGAUCGAUUGCAGCAACUAAAGAUGCUGCUGUGCUGGCAUUUCUACAGAAGUUUUUAGAUCAAACAACCACAGUGCAAUUGCCUGAGACCCCAUUCCCAGUUGAGAAAGUUGCUGAGAGGCAAGAAUAUAGCAAUGGUAGUGAGAGUUAUAUGCACCUAAGUACUACUCGUUGGCCUAAAGAUGAAGUGGAGGCUUUGAUAAGACUGAGGGCUAAUCUUGAUUUGCAAUACCAAGACAAUGCACCUAAAGGCCCUUUAUGGGAGGAGAUAUCAACUGCAAUGAAAAAACUUGGCUAUGAUCGAAGUGCAAAGAGGUGUAAAGAGAAAUGGGAGAAUAUGAACAAGUACUUCAAAAGAGUAAAGGAAAGCAAUAAGAAAAGGCCCGAGGAUUCUAAGACAUGCCCUUACUUUCACCAGCUAGAUGCUCUAUACAAAGGAAAAACUAAAAGGGUUGAUGGCUCAGUUAAUUCUGGUUAUGAAGUAAAACCUGAGGAACUUUUGAUGCACAUGAUAGGUGUCCAAGGAGAACGACCGCAUCAAGAAUCAACAACGGAGGAUGGUGAAAGUGAGAAUGCUGAUCUGAAUCAGGAAGAAAAUGGAAACACUGAAGAAGGAGAUGCUUCUCAAAUUGUAGCUAAUGAUCGUUCUCCAAUGGCAAUUAUUGGUUGAUUGAGACAAAUGGUGAAACUUUCUUUUUGAGAGCUAAGGUUCAAGUGCCUAAAUUUUGUUAAGUGGGUCAGGGUCCAUGGUGUAGUGUCUGUCUAAUAUACUUGUGUGGGGAGCAGAUUGCAAUUCUGAGAAGUUUCUUUUGAUACAACAUGGAUGCAUAUGGGUAAAUGACAUCCAUUCGUAAAUGCAUAUGUUCAUCGUUUGUUUGAAUAAACAUGUGAAGCAAGGGGAGACAGUGGAAUAAGGAAGAUGCAUGUGUGUUAUCUAUAGUUGUACUUCAAAUAUACCUUUCAAGUGAAUUCAAAUCUAUCUAAUAAUUUUUAAAAUUUCAAUAAAUAAUACUAAGAAUUUCUUUUCUAUACAUUCACAAUAGAAUUUUAAAAUUCACAAAUAAUGUUAAAAAUAAUUAAAUUAAUUGUGAGCUCUUUAAUAUUUUGGAUCAUUUCGAUUAUAGUAGUCAUCGACUUAAUUAAGGUUUGAUUUGGAUUCAAACGUACCCGAUAUCAUUUUCCAUGAAAAUUUGUGCAAAUCACACUGAACUUCAGUUUGGAUGUUUAAGCGGUUGUGCCAAGAGUUGCUUUUUCUCACUGAU